UAACAGUUUAAAUUAUUGACAAUUUUUUAUCGUUAUUAGUUUGGUCAAUUAUAUUCUUUACUGUGUAAUUUAUUUUAUUCUUAAAUUCGAUCGCGAAAUAAACACAUAUGUACUUUCUGUAUGAUUCAGCGGUAUCGAAGAUAUUCAGAAUUUAUAGAAAAUUAAUGGAUAAAAAAAAAAAACUAUAAAAUUAAUGAGUUAAAAAUAUAAUUAUAUUAAAUGCACUCAUGGACAAAAAUAUCGGUGCCGUGCGUCAAAUUUUUCGCUCGUUUCAUUGUUCCGAGUAGAGAAUUUUUGUUUCAGGCUAACAGCCAGUAAUCUGCCAUUUUUCUUCGUGAUGUUCGUUGACUUUCGUUUCGUAGAUUACCAUUUAUUUCGAUAUGUAUAUAUAAGUUUGGUCACUUUUCGUUUACAAGGAAUUUCGAUUUGUCUCCGUGAAAGAGGAAAUGUUAUACGAGGAAAACCAUAGCAUGUACAUUUAUUAAUUCGAGUAAAGAAAAGAGUGGAGCAAUUUUUUGGAAAGUCGUGGAUCAACAUCGAAUUCUUUAAUUUAACCGCAAGUUCGUUCGUUAAAAGUUUUAAAUCCUUUCUUUUCUCUGUUCUCACGUAUAUACUCGAUAUGGAUUUAAUAUCUCAUUACCUGUCGUCUCCGCGAGGACGUUCUCUUACUUUGUGACUCGUUUAUCAUUCACUUUAAUACGUCGUUUAUUGAACGCAAAUUUAUUCAAGAAGAGUGAACGGAUUUGAAUAUCAGGUAAAACGAAAACUUAUCCAUUGUUACAUACGCAUAAAAUAAAUCGAAGCGAAAUUGUGCUUAGGUUAGCGACGUAUCAGAUAACAGCUGACAUAGUGGCCAAGUUCAUUUCAUUUAAAUAAAAUAAUCGUUAACUAUACGUAUUAUUUGUUAAGUAACGUUUUUCUUGAAUUUUAUUCCAAUUCAGAGCAUUACAAAUUUAUAUACAGAAAUCAUAAUACUUUUCGCAUCGAUUCAAAAUUAUAAAUCUUCGACGCAUGAUGAUAUAACAAACACAUAUUGAACGAAUUGUUUCCCUGCGCAGACAUUAAAAAGCGAAAGGACAACGAGAGGAUUUAUAUUCUAAGUCGGGGUUAGGUGGAUCAUGCACUCUACAGCCGCACGAGCUAAUCGAUCGAACAUACAGCCUUCAAUUUCGUCUACGUCAGCCCCAUCGUCCCUUGUGCACCCGCAGCAACAACAAAUUCUUUAUGGUCCUAUCGCUAAUCCGACAAUAACCCUUCAACCAUGCGGAAAUGGUUUACAUCCCUCGUGUAUUUAUCCAGGAGCGCAACGUAACACUGGUCUGACUAAUCCUGCUCCUUUACAUAUACAAGGCAAAAGCAGCAGAUGGCCACCGAAGAAUAAGCUCGUACGAAAUCAGCAAUAUUGUCAACAACAGCAACAGCAACAGCAGCAGCAUAUUCAGCAACAAUUAUCCUAUAGCCCGAAACCUUUGGUACUGUAUGAUCAAACAACGAACAAUGCCCCGCCACUUGCACCGGCUACUUCGUUUUUAAUUGCUUCGUCAACAUACACGCACGGCUCAUUUUCCGGGGAUCAGUAUAACAAUUCUGGAGUCACAUUGAUACCGCAGCCCUACUUUAAGCCUCCGGAUGUACAAACGUUCUGCUUGAUUCAAGAUCGACAAAAUAUUCAACAACAAGAGCAACCGUCACAUAGCUCCUAUUACAAUAUCUCAAACACCUGCAACUUGCAAGCAAUUAACAGUACUUCAGCAUUUCAAUUUCCCAAUCUCAGUCCUUACGCGGCUACGGCAAAUUUCACGAACAGUCAAGUCACGGGUCCCGUUCAAACCAUACACUCCAAUCAAAUCUUCCCUAAUCCUCCGAAUUUAGUUUAUGGUAGUUCACAAAGAGAUAAACCUGUUGUCGUUUCUUCUGCUACACUCGACAUCCCUCCUCUUAAAAUCGAUAAAAGCAAAAUACCUACAGUUAAUACGUCACAAAUCACGCCGAUAUCAUCUGAAAAUUACAACGAAUGGCCAUCUCAAACAAUCACCUCUCCUUCUAACAACUUAUUCAACAUAAAACCGAAUGCAGACGAUGAGACAAACCAGGAGAUCAUCGCAAAUUCUUUGGAAAAAACCACGUCGCACGUAUCUACGAAAACCCAAGAAGAACAUUAUUCCGACGAAUCGUCAGCUAGCUUCGAUUUUACAAUCGAAGCUGAGAAAAUGGUCUCGGCGCUUUGCAACAUAUCUUCGAACGACAUUAAUAAAGAGGAAAUGAAAACCGAGAAAUCCAAUUCAACGCCGUUGUUCAACGGAGCUGGCGAUACCGCGUCGAAUAAAAAUAGUUGGUUUGCCGAAUUUUGUACGGAUUAUGGAACUGGUACGUCGAUAGCUGUUCAAACAGAUGGACCGUGUCUCGAUAGGACCCAAUAUCCAGAAUUGUUGCGGAAACUUAUCUACUGGGGGUGCACGGAAGGCGAGAUCCUCUUAAAUAAUAGUUUCAAAACAAACGCCAAAUGCAAUUGGUUGAGAAAUCUUUGUACCGCCACCAAAACAGCAGUUACCAAAUCUUCCACUUGUUUCCCAAUCUUUGCCGGAGAUCGUGUUUUUGUCGGUGAUCUGAUAAACGCUUUGUUACGCAUUAGCAACGGGUGGCUCAUUCUUGACAAUUAUUUAAACAAGCAACACUAUCCAAGCUUGAAUAACAAGUUCGACUGCGAGUUGCUGAGAUGCUUUCGUCUGUGGGAAGAGAGCACGCACGAACUGCUGAAUCAAAUCGUCCAUACGUUCUUAAAGCUGGAAGAGAACGGCGAUGUUUCUAAUUUCGAACAAAAAUCAGAAUCAUUUGGAACCUCUUUUCCAGGUGACGUUUCAAUUUACACGAAUCGUGACUUGCUCGAUUCGUCUUCAACUAUGAUUAUGUCGAAGCAGAAGUCCGACAAUAAAAGGAACAGUCAAGAUUCCUGUAACGGUGCGCAGCUAUCAACCGGAAACCUGCGAAAUUUCAGCCUCUACAAUGUUAACCAGGAGAAACAGUCGUCCCAGAAAGAAUCAAAAUUACGAAGUAAGUGGACUAUUACUGAGAAUCUAACAACAAUAGAUAGCACGAAAUCCGUGCCUGAUAUGUUCUUAGGGCACACGGAAUCUGGAAGUCAGGCGAAUAGUAGAUUUCGUUCAAGGGGGAAUUCGUCUUCCAGCAAGACAGAUAUGUCCGCCCAAUCGGUGAACGCAGAAUUUUUUCAUCUGAGAAGCAAAAUUCUUACGGAGAGUAAUCAAGAUACAUCUAGACAAUGGUCAUUCAAGGAGAAGAAGCAAGAGUUUCCUGAGAAUAAAGUUUCGUCACAGGAAAAUGUCGACACCAUAUUUAGACUACAACGACAAUUAGAUGAAAAUUGUGAGAGCAAUUACGCUCAGAAAUGUUUAUCAAGGGUGGAAUCGUCGUUUCUGAAUCCUUCGAUUAAUUUAGAAUCUGUGUACUUUCCAUCUACUAACGAACACGAAAAUUUCUAUCAUAGUUACGCUAUUUGUCCUCCGUAUGCGGUAGAUUACGGUAAUAAAAAUUCGAAAAAUUUUGAACAGAAUCAUAGGAAUAAAACGAACAUGGAUUUAGUUUACGUUGGCAAAUCAACGACGAAUCAACUGGCUGCCGUGCCAAAAGAUAAAAUGACAUUACUCAGUCAAAUAGAACCAAGUAUUUCGGAAAAAUCAUCGGACGAGAUGACCGCCAAUUUGUCAGCCUGGUUCGCCAGUAUGAGGAACGCUGAUAACCGACAAAUGCCAUUUAUGAAUCUGACAGAUAUGAAUACAGAAACAGUUAUACCGCGAGGAUCAACGCGUCCAGAAAUGUUGAAGAAUACGAUGGAUCUCAAUAACUGUAUCAGACAAUUGCACAUCGACGCAAAUCGUCAAUUCCAAACGCUACAAAAUAUACAGAACGUCCAAACUGCACCUUGGAGCACUUACAAUUUGAUCAAUAAUCGCACUCAAGUGCAGCAAGUUUCUGAAGAGUAUGACAGCUCUGAGGAUGUUCGAGUAUACAUGAAACCAGGAAGCUACAAUGUUCCAAAGAAAAGGCAUCAGAGAAGAUCCAAUCGUCGUUUAGAAAAUUCAUCUCGAAACGCUGCCAAUGGGUCCUCGAACAAUCAUCGCAGUCACUAUAUAUACAACAACAAAGAGAAGACAUUUUGCACUCCAGCAUCGUCAACGCCUGUGUCCCGACCUACCACGUCCAUAUCUAACAACGUUAAUGCUUCUGCAAAUAUAAUGAAAGUACCUUUCCCGGCGACUCCUAUCGUGCCACCUCCUAUUUUCUCUCUCGAAAAUUCACCUAGGAUUUUAAAGCGGUCCGACACGUGUAAUUACACUGUGUCUGAGGAUGUUACUUGGAAAGCAGCCUGCGCUUCCGCUGAAAUCCUAUUAGAGGCGUUGAACGUAAAAGAAGAUGCGAACUUCAAGAAAACGGAGAUCAAUCCUAUUGACGUUAUCGAAAAGUUUGAUGAUGUCAAAAAGAGCAAUAACGAUGACAUGACGUUUCAAGCGACGCAAGAUCAAGAAAAAUUAGAAGGAGGUCUUUUGAAAAAUUUGAAAGACAAUAAUGACGGUUGCGGCGGUAUUUCAAGUUACGAAGCAUCCGAGGAUGACUCUGGCUCCACGAAACACUUUUCCCCCAACACGAGUAUCAACGAAGCUUUACAGUUGCCUGGUAAUAAAAAUGGUUCUAGUAAAAUGAAUGUAAAAACGGACUCGUGGUUAAUCAAAACAUUGAACAACGCUAAUAUGGCAAAUAAACAGAAACGACGAAAAAACAGUGCCGUUCCACAUAGUUCCGAAUCAUCGAACAGUUCCGUAACAGAAAAUGAACAGACGAUACCUGUUGUUUCAUUAGUGACCAAUAGCACUGUAACAAAAGUCGCAACAACAACAACAACGGUGAAAAAUCUUCAACAGACUAUUAACUCGAGGAAAAGUUCGUGCAUUUCAUUAAACAAUGACGAAACAACGUCGGAAGAGACCAAACGUGUCAUAGGAAAAGCCACUUACUCGGAAACUGUACGACGUUACUUAAGUACUUCGCUCUCGGAGAAAAAAGAAUUUUGCAAGAAAAGCAAAUUAAAUAUCGCCAAUGUAUCGACGAUUUGCAGCACUGUAAUACCGAUCCCUGGACGCAAGUGUCAGAGAAAAGAUUUCGAAAAAUCGUAUUAUCUCUUACAUAAUAGAUCUCGUAAAUGUUCCGGGAAGAGAGCAACGAAAAAUUGCGAUGUCAACGAUUCUCAAAUGGAAAAAACAUCGAAAUCCACAGUCGCGAUAAAACACGGGAAGAAAAAGGAAAAUGCCGGAUGCAUCGAAUUUUUAGAUGGGAAAUUUGGUGGAAAAGUCAGCGAUAGAGGUUGGUCCGUAUGGUAUAGUUCGAAAAGAAAACAAAGUCUCAGUCCGCUUGCGCUGAGCAAAUUAGAAAUGAUACAUCGGACAGUUUGGCAAAUGGAAGAAGCAGAAGUUUUCAAAUGUCCAUCUUCAGAAAACAAUAGUGAUAAACAAUCUUCUUCAUGCACGAUCGAAGACUAUUGUAAAGUUAUUAAAAGUCCAAUGUUCCUGGAAACGGUGGAAUACAAACUAAAGAAUCGAGUUUACCAUAAAGUAGAACACGUGGUUAGAGACUUUCGUCGUAUCGUUUAUAAUUCGAAAUUAUAUCAUAAGGACGAUCAUGAUCGAGUAAAAACUAUUGAAACACUGUCGAAGAAACUUGAAGAACUGUUCGAGGAACAUUUUGCGAGUUGGGACUUCGAUAAUAUUAGUGGUAGUCCAAGAGAAAGUUCACCAGUGCUGCAUCGAUUUAAAACGGCUGGACAAAAAUCGAUAACUGGACGUUACAGCAACACGAAGAAAUGUUCGUCUUCUUCGAUCACCAAUAACAUAUAGUAUCUACUAUAUAGUAUGUGCUUUCUGCGACAUCAAACUGCGCUCAAAGAAUUAUUGUGUCUAUCGUUUUAUUGUGCAUCUAUAAUACUUAUUAUUAUUAGAUUAACAGAUGUCUGAUUGCAUCAAGUUUAUGUAAAAUUGUUAGACUCGAAAUUAAGUAUAUCUGUAAGGAUCGAUCAUAAUAUGUUCCAGUCACGUCAGUUCAUAUUGUUGUCGCAUCGUGGACGUUCUACGGUUCUUUUUUCUUUCGCAACGCAGCUUGCUAUGUUAAAAUAUUUUUCGUCUUACUUACAAACGAGCGAAAGUUUAAACGCUUAGUUUUCUGGUACAUACAUCGGUAUAAGGUAAUGCAUCUUAAAUGUGAAACAAGACUAUAGGUUAACUGCUCGUUUUUUUAUCAUUGAUAUUAUACAUAUAAAAAGAAAAGAUAAUAAUACUAAUUACUUAAUAACGUUGACCAUAGCCUACAACUUGAGAGUCCUCAAUUAUCAUUAAAAGAAAAAUAAUCCUGAGUAUUUUGUUCUAGCAAGAUUGGAAAAUAUAAUUAAACGAAAAUAGUGAAAG